GCCUUAAGUCAAUAAGUGAGAGACAGGUGAAAAGGUUAGGUAGGAUCUACAGACAACGUCUGACAGGUUAACCGGUUAGACAGCAUUUACAGAUCACUUGUAACCCGGACAGGUCAGCGCUGCAAGCUUGAGGAUCUCUCACGCUGUCACCGAAGUUGACACUGUCACAGGUACUGUCAUUCAAGUCUGAAAAGUCUGAGUUGCAGACAUGGCCUGGCCUGCUGUGAGGCUGUGUAUGGGGGCGUCCAUGCCACUGCUGGGUCUGGGGACAUGGCGAGCUAAACAGAAUGAGUGUUACCAGGCCGUGAAGACAGCUCUCCAGAUGGGUUACCGACACAUCGACACGGCUGAGUAUUACCAGAAUGAAAAGGAGAUCGGUCAAGCUCUCCUGGAGCAGUUCACAUCAGGACUGAAGAGGGAAGAAGCGUUUGUAACAAGCAAGUUGUGGAACACCCGGCACCACCCUGAUGACGUCCUGCCAGCCUGUCAGAGGAGCCUAACCGACCUGGGACUAGACUAUCUGGACCUGUACCUCAUGCACUUCCCGGUGGCCUAUGCGAGGGGAGACAACUUUCUUCCAUAUGAUGACAAGGGACAGGCUCUUACAAUGGACAUCCACUUCAUGGAUACAUGGAAGUCCAUGGAGCAGCUUGUGGAUGCAGGACUGGUGAAGGCCAUCGGUGUGUCCAGCUUCAACAUCUCACAGAUGGAAGAGGUUCUGACCAAUGGGAGGAUCAAACCAGCUGUCAAUCAAGUUGAGAGUCACCCAUAUCUUGGUUGCCAUCGGUUACUGGAAUACUGCACAGCCAAAGGCGUGGUUCUGACAGCAUUCUGUCCCUUAGCAAGGCCGGGAUCGAAGGAAGCAGAGCAGUACGGGGUAGCUUCCCUGCUGCAAGACCCAGUAAUAGUGGAAAUCAGUAAGAAACAUGGGAAAACACCAGCACAGGUGUGCCUGAAGUGGCAGGUGCAGAGGAAUGUUGCGGUGAUUCCUAUGGGUACCACACCUGCCAUGAUCCAGGAAAACUCACAGCUUUUUGACUUUGAGUUGAGUGAAGCCGAGAUGUCAUCCAUCAACAUGUUGGACAAGAACGGCAGAAUGGUUUGGUUUCAACCGAGUGAAACACAUCCACUCUGGCCCUUUAAUGAAGAGUUCUAAGCUGUCAGCUUCCAGUACCAAGGACAGAGCUCAGUGUUUGUACAACAGUCCAGUCCUUCACAAAUGGCUCUUGACGAUCAAAUAUAAUUAGGACAUGCUGAUUUGUUUAUACGGAUGAUUUCUACUUGCGGAUCAAUUUUUGGCCGUUUCCAAAAGUAAAAUAAAACGUUUUCAACCGUAUUGUAGAUUGUACAAAGCAUCUUCAAAAUGGGCAAUGUCGUGGAUUGCAAAAAAUCGGAAAACGCAUACAUUCCUGAACUUAGAUUUUAUAAUGAAGGCAACUUUUUUGGGGGGACAAACUUUCUUUAUUUGCAUGCUCCUAUCAGUUUUGGGGUUCCCAGAGGAUAUCAUCCAUAUAAUCAAAUCAACAUGGCCUUAGCAUCUUCUCAUCCAUUUUCUCAUCAGUCAAAUGUUGUUUUGUAAUCACCCUAACUGGUUACUGAGUACGUAAGCAUCAUUGUCAUGAAAUGAUGUAAUGUAUAAAGUAGAGUGGAUUCAUUCCUCUACUAUAUGUAGUUGAAGGGACAAUCAGUUGAGGUGUAUAGAUAUAUUACAGUAAAUGGCCCUAUAUCUGGUGUUUGAUUUAUUUAUGAUGAUAUUUUUACAUGUCAUACAUGUAUAGAUUAAAGGGGAUAGAGGAAGAAAUUUGUAUGAUCUCAUGCAGAGAAUGACAAACAGAAUCAUUGUCUUGCACCAACAAACAUUCUAUUGUGUGGAAUUCGUGGCUAAAAUAAAAUGUAGAAGUAGAAGUUUCACCA